AUGUCCUUUGGAAGACCCCCAAAUAUUACCACUUUUAGCGCAACACCACCAGAACGAGGUAGUUUUCCGUUAGACCAUGAAGGCGAAUGCAAAAAACUCGUGAAAGAAUAUCUCGAAUGCCUUAAACAAAACAAAUCAGAUAAUGGAGCUUGUAGACAUUUAUCAAAAGCAUAUUUGGAAUGUCGAAUGAAAAAGUGA